UGUUCUGAGGAGUCCGCGGUGUGGGAGUUGCGCGUUUCUGCUUUCCCUUCUACUCCAUGCGCCAAAACCUUGGGCUGUUGCGUAGUUUGUUGUCGUCUUUCUUCUGUGUCUUCUCUUCUUUCCGCGAUCCGGCUUUUACCGGAGGGGACUUCUUCAGGGCAGAAGCUGCCGGUUCUUGAGCGUCCGGUGAAGUCCUUGCUCUGCAGCGGAAAGUAUUAGUAGGAAAGAAAUGACUGCUGAGGAGCCAGCUCUCUUUGUGGGAGGAGAGCGCGUUUGUCAGUGCCCCGAGAAGUAAUCAUUUCUUCGGUGGAUUGCGUUUUCUGUUUUGGUCUUGCAAGUCUUUCUUGAGUGUGCCUGGUCAUGCGGCUGAGAGUAACAGUGAUGUCUGUACAGGGCUGGAAAAAAAAAAAAAAAGGUCUAGUUUUAUACGGUACGUGCGUCACGGUGUUUUCAAAUUGUGAGAGUCAGUGGUGUGCUCUAAACUGAGAGAAUCUAAGACCACAGACUCGUCCAGCAGCUAUGCCUGUUAUUUUCAUCGGGAGUGCAAUUUAAAGUGGCUGUACCUCAUCCCUGACAGGCUGCGGCCGGUGGAAAACCGUCGGUUCGCCGGGUGUCAUGUGUCAUGAAACGUCUUGUUCAUAAGCAUAUACAUAAGGAAUGCUCUUGGCACACUUUGAUAAGUCACUUUGGCCUGAACAUCGAUUGCCUCUUGUAAAAACCUAAAUGGCAGCUCAGAAAAGGAAGUCUGCGUUAGUAGAGCCUUCUGCUAAACGUCCAAAGCUGGACAAGAACAGCAGACCAUCAUCAGCAAAGAAGGAAAAAGAGGUGUCAGAUACAAAACAUGUCUCAAAUAAAUCAAAGUCUAAUCAGUGUGCAGCGCAGGAGAAAACUGUACUCAAAACCUCUGUCAAAUCAAACAGUAACAACACCAACGAACCUGAAGUAGGAAUGCGCAUGACUACAAGAUCAUCGGGGUUCAACUCAAAUAAUAAAACAACACCUGACAAAAAAGUCCAACAGCAGCUGAAAUCUACAAAAAGCAAGGAGGUAUGCCAGAAAAAACCUGUGCAAGAAAUUCCUAAGUCAAAAUGCGCAACUGCUCCAAAUGAGCCUGUUACGAGGAGAUCCCAGAGACUGCAGCAGCUAACACAUGUAGAAGUACCAGCAAGAUCCCUUCGUAAUAGAGAAGUUAAAGAAGAAAAACCUUUGGAAGUCAAACAAAGUAGCCAGGCAAAAAAAAAUGCUCACAGCGUUACAGCGAAAGUAGUGAAACCUGCUGGAGCGAAAACAGAGCAGAAAAAGACAAAAACAAAGCCAAACAAUGCAAAUGAAGAUAAAGAAAUACAUGUAGAAGUGACCAGCUCUCUGAAAGAGAAAAAGUGUAAGGCAGACAGCAAAAACGGUAAUUCCAACAGCCUUCAACCCAGCGUUCAGGAGCCGUCAUUGUGUCCUGAUGACAGUCUCAAGGAAGUUAGGAAAGACCAAAUGGGCCCUCUAUCUCUGAAUCCUAGCAACACGAAGAAAGUGGAAGCAGAUUCUCCUAAGCCAAAUUCUAAGACAGUCACUAAGGAAAAGCAACAAACGCAUCAGAACAUAAAAACCAGUACAAAGCCAAACAAGGUUUCGCAGCCAUCUGUAAGUGAAGCAAAUGUAGCUGAACAACCAGAGAACGAUGUAAAAUCCAAAAGAGUAAGCAUCCUGGAACUUUGUGAAGAAAUUGCAGGUGAGAUUGAAUCAGAUACAGUAGAGGUGAAAAAAGAUUCCCCGAAUGCGGAGUGUGGAAAACCAGAAGAGAAGCCUGCUGAAGUACAGCUGCAACAGAGUGAAACGCUUACUCAGAAAGAACCUAGUCAAAGUACUCAGUGUAAACGUUUUUUCCCUAGCAAAAAAGGAAUGCCUGUCAAGUGUACGCUGAAUGGUAGAAAUAACUCCUCAAACAAGAACUCUAAAUGGACCAAAAUUAAAUUACUGAAAGCAAAUAACAUGAAGCAAAGUAACUUGCAUUCCGCAAACGCCCCCAAGCUUUCUUUGUUAAAAAAUUACCCUGAAGUUUCAGAGGCAAGUCAAAUAGCCCCAGAAGCACAGCUUUCCAAGGCACAAGACAAGCUGUCCCCAACAAGACUCUCGGAGAAUGAGAGUGCAGCUUGUGUGCGGGAUAAAUCAGACCCUUCAUCUGAAAGAGCUGGAAGUAAAGAAGUGGCAUUAGAAAUAAAACAGCCUGCAAAAAGAAGCGCGGAAAACGGUUUAUUGCGUAACUUGACAAAACACUUCUCUGAGCCGCGACCAGAUGAGAGCUUUCAGUUACGUUUGGAAUCAAGUCCAGAAAGCUCUCCUGUAAAGUAUCUUACAGCUCCUAAACCACCAAAACAAAUCAAAAAAGAACCUGGAGAAAGUGAGCCACAAGGUUUGGCUCCCAAGCAGGUGAUGCAAACUUCAUCUACAAAUCAAACUUCUGAAAUUGAUAACAGGGUUCCAUUGUCAAAUCCUUCAUUAGCAUCAAAGUGCAGUAACUUCCUACCAUCUGAAGAACAUAUUCAAAAGCUAAAAGAAGCAGGAAAAGAUGGUGAUAAGCAGCUAAUCAUAGAUGCAGGACAGAAGAGAUUUGGUGCUAUUUCCUGUAAUAUUUGUGGAAUGCUUUAUACUGCUUCAAAUCCGGAGGAUGAAACCCAACACCUGCUCUUUCAUAACCAGUUCAUAAGUGCUGUAAAAUAUGUGGGAUGGAAAAAGGAGAGAAUUCUGGCUGAAUAUCCUGAUGGGAAGAUAAUAAUGGUUCUUCCUGAUGACCCAAAAUAUGCACUUAAAAAGGUUGAAGAAAUUAGAGAAAUGGUAGACAAUGACUUGGGAUUUCAGCAAGCUCCGCUCAUGUGUUACUCUAGAACUAAAACUCUUCUUUUUAUUUCCAACGACAAAAAAGUUAUUGGCUGUUUGAUUGCCGAACAUAUCCAGUGGGGCUACAGAGUUAUAGAAGAGAAGGUUCCAGAAGUUAGUUCAGAAAAUGAAAAAGUCAUAUUUGAAAGACAGAAAGCAUGGUGCUGUUCAACGUCACCAGAACCUGCUAUCUGUGGGAUUAGUCGAAUAUGGGUAUUCAGCAUGAUGCGUCGAAAGAAGAUUGCUUCUCGGAUGAUAGAGUGUCUUAGGAGCAACUUCAUAUAUGGCUCAUACUUAAGUAAAGAAGAAAUUGCUUUCUCUGACCCCACUCCUGAUGGAAAACUCUUUGCAACGCAGUACUGUGGCACCGGCCAGUUCCUAGUAUACAACUUCCUCAAUGGACAGCAUCAGACUUAACUGCUCCGGAAGGGAUUCCCUUUUUAUCGGGAGACUUCUGCCAAAAUGUACUGAAUCGGUGCAGACCUUACGCAGAAGCCAGGGCCAUUUUUCUUACCGUGAACUCAGGACUGGUAACAACCAAAAGGUUGUACUAUUUUAUUAAAAUUGUAAACAAUGCAGUAAUAGGCUAACUUUGUUUUUUUAAAAGAAAGAUAUUUUAUUAACUUUUACAGAAGUUUGAUUGUAUUUUAUCUAGUUAGUCAUGUUUACAUGCAGCAGAAAAUUGUUCAUAGUGGACUGUAAACUAAAAUGCAAAGACUAUAGUCUCACUGAUGAGUACAUGCUGAAGUUCUUAAUGUGGUGAUAUACCAGUGCUUAAAUACCACGGGUGGGUGAGGUAGCUGAGGCUGCUCAAGCAACAGUCCAAGCCUGAGCUCCCUCACACCGGGGCAGGAGGCGUUACAGCGCAGUGGCCGAGGGCAGUAACCGGGCAGGCUGCAUGGUGGCUCCUGGUGUGCAUCCCGCACGCAGCCUGGCAUAAGGGCAGCCUGGGUGAUGGCAACGGGGGAAACUUGUUUCGCCUCCUGUCUCCCCCAGAGCAGCUGUCGAGCGAGAGGUGGAAUGAAACCCCCAAGGAGCGAUGUGCUCUUUGGUUUCCUGCAAGUGCUGUACUGAGUAUAUACCGUUGUUAGCGGACUUCACGUUGAUACUUGUCACUCCUUCAUAAAGCUGUCCUCUUUUAAAGGGUUUGUAUGUUGAAAAACUGCUGUGGCCUUUCUUGAUCUGUACAUAAUGUAGAUAGAUUAAAAAUAAAAUUCUUGAUAGCUUUUUUUAAAGUUA